AUGAAUUUCUUAGUCAUAGCAAACAGCCAACAGUGCUCCAUUGGAAUCAAGCUAGAAAGUGAAUGUCAUCUUGCAACAUAUACAUUGUUGCUUGGAAUCGAACCUUUUGAAGAUAUUCCUGAAUAUGAAAGAGAAAUAUUAAUGUGGAGGACUGGGCUCUCAAUAAUCAAUGUAAAACCAACAACUUGUCUACAUCAUAAACAUAUUUAUUUGAAGCGUUAUGCAACUAAAUUAACACAGUGCUGCAAUACAUUUAAUACUCAUAACAAAGUUAUAAAAGGCAGUCUUCGUGAAAUCAACUUGGAUUCAGCAAAGUACUUAUGCAGUAAAGGCAAAUUCGUAUUGCGAGGUGAAAAACUUUGUCCACAAUGCAUACAUAAAUUAGCAUCAAGUGAAGAAUCAGAAGAGAACGACUUGAAGAUAAAAUUAACUGAAGAUAAUAUGGAAAAAGAAAUUAUGCUGGAAUCAACAAGAUCAUUGCUCAACAGCGUCAAACAAAAGCGUCUCCGCUAA